UCGUCUUUCACACGUUUGUAGGACGAGCUCAGGUAUCCGCGGAGUCGUGUGAUACGAGAACGUCGAGCGAACGAAGCUAGUACGUAAAUUACCUGAUAAUCUAUACGUUAUUGGCUUGGCAACGCCCGUGAAGAAUACGUCAGGUCCGUAAACGUACUCCACGCGGCCGGCACACUUAUAUCAGACUCAGUUAAUUGCGGAGAAGACCGAGUACGUUUUUGGCGAUGUUAUACUUAUAUCCGAUCAUUGCCUAGUUGUUAUCAAACUCGCUGAUUUGUAUAUUCGCAUUGAGCGCGCAGUGCAGUGCCGUCAUCGGACGGGUCGCGGCAGGAUGUUGUCGUUGGAGCAAUUGUCACAAAUGGUGAAGGAACACCUCGGACUGUGCGACUACAUCGACGGCACACAAUAUACAUGUAAAUGGGCCAUCAACGAGUCGCCCUUAAGUGGCCGUGGCCUUAUCGCUACCGAAGAUAUAAUGCCUGGAGAAGUGUUGUUCGUGGACCGACCUCUCAUCUAUGGACCGCGAGCUAGUUCCAGCGUGGAGCAAGGAUGUACGGUGUGUGCUAAGCUAGACAGUGAUUCAUUUUACAAAUGUUCAAAGUGCUCAUUGUUGUUGUGCUCAGAACAAUGUCAAAAUAGUGAUGUUCAUUUUAAUGACUGUUCAAUUAUUUGUCGUUGGAACCUCAAGAAACCAGUCGAGGAUGCCGAUGACAACGUACUGUCUCGCGCAUUAACUCCAAUACGAGCCCUUAUGUUAACCAAUGACCAAAAAGUGUUAAUGAGUUGUAUGCAGGCCCACAGCGACGCACCAGUACACGGAUCUGAAGUUCGCAAAUUGAAGCCAUACUAUGAAAUACCGGAGGAGGAAGAACAGCUGAUGAUUUUGGCUUGUUGUGCACUAGACACUAAUGCGUUCCAAAUAGCCACUCCGUACGGUAAAAAGGAAAUGAGCAUGCGCGGAUUGUAUCCUGUGUCAGGAUUGAUGAAUCACAAUUGCGUACCAAACACGAGAUACUACUUUAAUAGUGACCUACAAAUGACGGUUAAAGCUGUGAAGCCUAUACGAGCGGGAACUGAGAUAUUUUCAUGUUACACUGGAAUUUUGUGGGGAACGCCGGCUCGUCGGGUAUACCUGUAUAAAACAAAACACUUUCUAUGUAAAUGUGAUCGUUGUUCAGAUCCCACCGAACGAGGAACUCUUCUUGGAGCUCUGAAAUGUUUCUCGAAUCAGUGCCAUGGAUACUUACUACCGAUAGAUCCUCUUAAAACAUCGAGUGCUUGGCGUUGUUUGGAAUGUGAAAUGCGUGUGCCUAAUAAAAACAUUUGUGCCAUACAGGGGGCUCUUGGUAGUCUCAUGGGGACAUUAAACUUUGAUAAUGUAGGAGAUUUAGAAAGCUUCCUAGUUGAUAGAAUAACAAAAUACAUCCCGAAAACGAAUCAAAUCGUGAUCGAUCUUCAGUGUCGUCUCAUAGUGGCGUUUGGGGAAGCUGAGGGAUAUCGCUGGCAUGAGCUGUCGGAGUCUCGCCUAUCUCUGAAAGAGAGCCUGUGCCGCGGCACGCUGCGCACGGUGGCGGCGCUGGGCGUGGGCGACGCGCACCUGCGAGGCCUGUUGCUGUACCACCUGCACGCCGUGCUAGCAGAGCGCGCCAGGCGCUCGCCAGACCUGUAUGAGGAAAUCAAAGCUGAAAUUGAGAGCACCAUAGAACAAGCCUAUCAUAUACUCCAAGGCGACAUUUCCGCGCCACCAGACCUAGAGCUGAGGCGUCGCUAUCUUGGUCCAGGCUGUGAUAAACCCCAAGAAGAAAGAUUCUUCAUCCUCGAUGCUUAAUAAGUGCUGUAAAUGUGAUAGACAAUUAACCUAAGUUUAUCUUACCUAUAUUCUUAUACUUAAGUAAUAAAACGUAAACACAUUUUGAAAUUAAUUUAAGAAAUGUUAAUAAAAUUAUGAUCAAAUCUAAUUCAGAUUUGAGUUAAGCAAUUAAAAAAAAUGUAAUGAUUUCAGAAGGAAUAAGCUUGACAAAAACUUACUUUUGAAAUUACAACUUUCAGUUAGUACCUACCUUUAUUACUUACCAUUUUUAUAUUCAUUUUCAUUGACCUAAAAGGGAUCAAUAUAAGGUGCUACCCUCUACUUAAAUCUUUCCCGUCAAAAAAUAAAAUGAAAUGUAUAUUUUAAAA